CACAAAUUGACUGAAACUAGUUUGUGAAUAUUAUUUUAUCAAAAUGCGCACAAUUUAUUUAAUACUUUUAUUGUCAGUAGUUGCUAUUUCUGCUGACCUUGAAUCUGAUUUUGAGGACAUUUUCGUACAAAUUUCCAAAGAUCAUCAAGUUCAAAGCAAAGAUGUUAAUCCUCGAGACAAUUCUGCAAUCAUCAAUCCAAAAUUUCGCAGUUUGAGUGAUAUUGGAUUUCCUACGGAUUUCAAUCUUUUAAGUUUUCUUACCGAUGUCAUGAAUUUAAGUGAUGUGAAGAAAAUUUUGGACUUCCUUAAACAAUGGGGUUUUGAUAUAAAUGCUCUAAUUUCACGUUUGAUAACUUUCUUUGCACAAAAUCAUUCUAAUAUGCUUGGAGAUCUUAUUGGAAUGUUGACAACUAGACAAAUGCCAUCUGCUGAGCUAAUCAAAUUAAUUCAAGAGAAGAUCGAAACUAGUCCGGAAUUUGCUAAAUUUGCUUCAGCUGUUCAAGAUCCAAAAUUCAAGGAAUUAAUUUAUCAGGCUGUGAAUUCUAAAGAUGUACAAGGAAAAAUUCAAGGUGUUGAAGUGAGGAGAUUUUUCGGAAUGAUGAGACCAGUUCUUCAUGCAUUUAGCUUGGCUAAUAAAAAUCAAAAUUAAUACUGAAAUUAUUUCUUUUACGGUAAUAAAA